AUGGAGGCACCUCAGUUGGCACCACAGAGUUCAGCCGAAUCACAGAUCGACGGCGCCCGGAGAAACCCUGCGCAUCGGACGGUGGAGAGAGUUGGGUGGGAUUUGAGACUCGCGCCGCCCCCGCAUAAACGGACGAUUCAAAAAUCCGCGGCACAGGAGAGACUUCGAAGAGGUCUUCUUAACUCCGAGCAGUCCUCCAUGGAGCUCUUGCCGCCCGUCAAGGGAGGCCAAUUGAGAGUUGGUGUCCUUUUCGAGUGCGACGAACGCUGCGAGCGACGGCUGCUCUGGGCGUCGGAAAAGGGGGAAGCCGGAGCGCAGACCGUCACGGAAAAGGAGGAAACGUCUCUCGAGUUCUUCUACACACCCUCCCUGCAAACAAACUCAAAUGAAGGUGAAGGAUCACUGCCCAGAAAGCAGAUCAAGCUGCGUUUCUCAACUGAGAUCACGACGGUGCGGGCGAUCGAGUUAGGAAACGGGUCGGAGGUGGGGUUUCUCGUGGAGUCAAAGCACGCCCCUCUGGUUUACGAGAUCAGCGGAGACGAAAAUGGGUUUAAAAAGCGGUUCACCCGGACGGUCGACUUCACCCCGGGGGUUGCACUUGCAAAGAGCAACACGUACGACUUCACCCUCCCCCGCAGCCCACAGAAUGAGGCGGUGUUAAACGGCUUCUUCGGGUUCUCGAAUGAACUGGACUGGGUCAAGCCGCCACUUCAGGUCGACGGAAGCGUGUUUCCGGAAGCCGUUCCGCCGGAAGGCUCCGUCCCUCCGCUCUCGCCCAACGGAGAUGAAGCCUUGUAUCUCGAGCCUCAGGUCGAUUCUUCCAUUCUGCAAGCCGACUUACCGUUCGACGUCCUGUGGCUUCUCAACGCACUUCUGCAAGCGGGGCUCCUUCUGGGCGACCGACUAAAAGGCGAGUUUCUAGAGCUGGUGACGCUCCUAGUUGCGACGGGGGGAGAGGAACUAGUUGUGGUUGGGCUCGGGAAGCUCUUCGCGCAGGGGAAGCGCAUCUGGGACCCGACCGCGGCUCUGUCGCGCAUGACGGCUGACAUUUUAAGCCUCCACACCCUGCCCCCGCGGCGCGCCCCGCCGCCGCCGCACACGGUACUCGUCUACCGGUUGGUCAUCACCCCGUGCAGAGCCUUCGCUUCUCUACCGGUCGCAGAACCCUCCAACCGGUUGCUCAGAAGUUACCCCGAGCUAUCCAAGGAAGGGCGGUUCCUCAGAGUUUCCUUCCGCGACGAAGACGGGGGACUUCUGUCGGGGGGGCCGCUGAAGAGCCGGGAGAGGAACCCCCCGGAAGACGGGUGGGAGCCCAGAAGCGCCGUUUACGACCGGUUCUCGAAAAUCGACUUUCUUUUUGGUGGGCGCCGCUACCGUCAGCUUGCCACGUCAGCGAGCCAGGUCUGCGGGUUCUCCUUCUGGGCGUUCGCCGAGGAAGACCUUCCGGGCAGCGUUUCCCGCGACCAGAUCCGGUCCGCCAUGGGGGACUUCGACGGAAUCCGGGAAGCCGCCAAGCACGCCGUCCGACCGGGGCUGGUUCUCUCUACCACAAUUCCUACUGUAACGCUGAAAGAGGACGAAGUCGUGACGCUGGACGAAGUCGUUCGACACGGCUUGAGUUUCGCGGACGGAUGCGGGCGCGUCUCCCCAGACCUCGCGGAAAUGGUAGCGGCAAAACUGCCGGGAGUGGAAAACCCCAAGUCCGUCGCUGCUUUCCAGAUCCGGUUCGGGGGGUGCAAGGGCAUGCUCCAAGUGUUUCCGCCCUGGGCCGGGCGGAACCUCGUCGGAAUCCGCCCGAGCAUGGACAAGUUCCAGUCGGACCACAGGACGAUCGAAGUGAUCAGCUGGGCGUCCGCGCCAAAGCCCGCCUUCCUCGGCCGACAGCUCAUCCAGCUCCUCGAAGCGCGCGGCAUUCCCGCGCGCGUUUUCGAAACCCUCCAAGCGGAGCACCUUCGCACCUUCGACGACGUCAUGCUGACGGGGCGCACUACCGCGCCCCUCCGCGCGCUCGUGGGCGCGCGCUCGCCGGCGGCCGCGCUCCUGGCGCCGCGGCCGGGAGCAUCAUCCGACGCGCUGUCCCCCUUCCAGUGCCGCGUGGUCGCGCGCAUGCGCGAGCGCCACGUCAGCGAGCUGCGCGACCGCGCGCGCAUCUACGUGCCAGAUGGCGCGCUCGUACUGGGCGUCGUGGACGAGCUGAGGGUGCUCGCGCCGGGGCAGAUCUUUGUGAGCCUGAGCGGUCGGGGCGUGGUUACCGGGCGGGUUAUCGUCUACAGAAACCCGGGGCUUCACCCAGGGGACGUCCGGGUUUUGCGGGCGGUAGAUUGUCCUGAGCUGCAUCACGUGGAGAACGUGGUGGUAUUCUCGGUGUUGGGACGGCAGAGGCCGGAAUCGGUGAACUUGACGAACGGCGACCUGGAUGGCGACAGGUACUGGGUCUUCUGGGACCAAAGACUAGUGCCCGACACGUCGCUUCCGCCGUUCAAGUACGAGAGCAGUCCGCCGAUGCCACCGGAAGACCGGAAUCUGACAGUGCAGGAUGACCGGUUCUUCCAGCUGAAGCACCGGCGCGAGGACAACCUAGGCGCCAUCUGCGUCGCCCAUAUGGCGCUUUGCGACGCGCGGCCGCGCGGCGCGAACGACCCCGACUGCGCGCGCCUCGCGCAGAUGGCGUUCGACGCGAGCAACUUCGUCAAGUCGGGGUUUAGCGUGGUGUUGCCCGCGGAGCUGCGGCCGCGCGCGUACCCCGACUUCAUGCAGAAGCGCGGCGAGGAGAGCUACGCGAGCCAGAACGCGCUCGGGAAGCUCUUCCGCGCCUUGGACACCGCAGAAUGGAACCGCGCGGCUUUCUACCCGGCUGACGUCACGCACGGCCCGGCGCCCGCGGACGAGGCAGAGUUCCGUGACGUCAGCGUGAGCGACGCGCGCCUGAAUUGGGCACGUGGCCUGAAGGCGGAGUACGACAGCAGCGUAUUGGAAUUGAUGGACACUUAUGGGCUCCAGGCCCAGGAGGAUCUGAUCGUGGGGGCUGCCAGUUUUGAUUCGGCCGGAACAGAGCUGGACGGAGCGGAACUGGGUGAGGGGGAGGCGGAGGCGGAAGAUGGCGACGAGGUAACUCUGGAGGACGAAGAAGGAAAGAUGACAGGCAGUGACGUUGAGCCAAAAGGAAGAGGAACAUGUUUGGAAGAUGAGAAUGGAGAUAUGGAGGUCGACAGAUUGGGGGUGACAGAAGUGGGAGACACAAUCGGGAAAAUGGACUUGGGAGGGGGGCGGAAAGGUAGACGUAGCGAGACCAGAAGCAGAGACGAGAGGACGGAGGGUGAAGAUGUAAUGCGCGAAGCUCCUCGCGUUGGAGCGGACACGUCGGAGCGGCCGGAAUUCUAUCCGGAAAAGUCUGGUUCCAGGCCCGGAGUUCAGGGCAGGAAGGGGGGCAGCGGAAGCGGAACACGGACGGCGCAGUCAAGGAAGGAAAAGACGGAACGGCAGGAGCGCGUGGGCGCUGCCUUCGAGGCGCUGCUCGCGCAUUUUCGGGAGCGACUCGACGAAGGCCCACCCGUGAGUGCGCGAGAAAACGAAGAUCCGAGUAAGAAGCCAAAACUAGAGGAGAGGCACCUCAACGCCGCGGCGUGCUAUCAAGCGACCUACGGAACUGCCAGUGCGGAAGCGGAGUGGUCGGGCGGAACGGCGUUCGCGACGAUUGGAGGGAUCGUGUACGGAAAAGCGGAAGCGGAACGGAUUGGCGGAACGGCCGGGGACGUGAAGCUGAGAGGAUUUUGGGAAGUCUUGGCGCGGCCGCACAUCGUGGGCAGCGAUGCGUGUGUAAAUGGAGGGUUCAAUUAGCAAUCUUGUAACGGAGAUAGACAAAUGGGGCUUGGAAUAAGUGAGCAGGAAAGGGAGAAAGUAAGACAGCCGAUGGGCUUUGAAAGACGCUGUGAAGGAUUUGAAAGGGCUUUGCAACUUUUUAGGGAGAUGUGACUAGCUCAGAGUGACUGGUUAGCAAAGCAAUAAGGCAAGAGCCUCUUAGAGAACCUGGAAUUGAGGGAAGUCGCUGACAUCAGCUGAACUGCGGCGAAAUAAGUAGCCACUUGCUAAGGGAGUUCUUGAAGGGGUCCAGUUAUUGAGCGUCUCAAGUACGUCUGCGUUGUAGUUAACCGGAACGCAGAGAUCAGGAAAACUAAAGUACGAGUGAGCAGAAUGUGCGGUGCAAUGGUAAGACGUAUUCCGUCAGAGUCCGUAUGUGAGUAGACUGAAAGCUUUCCCUCCUCUUGCGGCCGAAAAAGAAGCAAUCAACCUCACCUACAGAUUGACGGUUGAGUACAACAGGUCGUUCAUGUAACUGAUUGGUGAUCUCAAUCAGCCCUUCACUUAGGAAAGGAGCUCUGGCAAACCCCCAAGCAACCGAAACAAUCUGUGUGGAUGAUAGAGGCAAUUUUGGGAC